AUGAAGUAAGAACUUAAUGUUCAGCUGAUAAAGCUGCAAUCAGCCAACACUAUCGAUAAAAAACUAUUUGAUUGCUAAAAUAUAUGACUGAGCCUUUAUAAUUGCGAUAUGCGUGCUUGGUUGCCAAGCCUUUGCACAGGAGAGAGGCUCAGGGUGACCUUGUUAUGAUACAAACGUUGUUACCGUACUUUUCAAAUGUAAAUUACUUUUCUAGCAUGCUUACUAGAUACUGGUCUCUAUCAUAACAAAGUCAGCUUCAGCCUCAUGCUAAAUCAAAGGCUUGGCAAUAAAGCACUCAACUGUAACAUGACCUAUUAUUGAGGACUGCAGACAGCCUACUAACCCCCCUCCCACCCCUCCCCCAAUGGAGGAGAGCUUGUAAAAAGAACCUGUUAGUGCCAUUCUGCUACUGACAAUUGAGGAUUUAUGAACAAUUUGAUCAAAGCUAUGUUUCAAGUCUUCAUAUGGGGCUGACUUUUCAAAAAAGACAUUUUUGCCAUGGUCCAGCGUCAGAGCUUGAUAUUGAAUUUUCUUAGCUUCCCAUGUUCUUUCUCAGAGGUUAUAGUCUUCCUUUUCAACAAGAACUGUUUUUCCCAUGUCUUAUUUAUUUUCGCUUUUUAUGAACUUUUUUAUGUGCAAGAUCUGACAGAAAGAUCUACCUACCAAUGACCAUAAUUUUUUUUCAUUAUUUUUGGUGCCUGUAGCUGUUAUUUGGAGAAAAUUUCUCUGUAACCAAGAUGAUGAUUUUUUUCUUUCCCACAUUACUAUUUACCUGGUAGCCCAACAGUGUUUAAUAAAUUACCAAUCCCUCAUUAACCCUUUAACUCCUAUGAGUGGCCAACACAGAAUUUCUCCUUACAAUGUUAAUACAAUAUCAACCAUAUAAGUUAUGAGAAUAAAGAAAAAUAUCAACUUGGGGAUAAUUACCUGAUCCAAUACUUUAUUCUCCAAACUAGCAUUAUAAGAAUUGUAUGGUUGACAGUAAGGAGAAUGAAACAUUUGAUCUGGGAGUUAAAGGGUUAAACAUUUAAUCCAUAUUAAUUACUUUGAACCUAUAUUCAACUUAUAAUUCAUCAUAAUGGACUGAUUUAUUGUUUUGUCUUUGUCUGGGGUUUAGUAUGCAGACAAGCUCUAUGGUCCUGAGCACAGCUUGCAAGAACAAUGACUCUGUUAAUGAGAGUGAUUCUGAAGACAUUGAGGAUGCUCUGGCCAAAGAAGUCAAGCAACUUCAAGAAACUAAAACAGAAAAAAGGUUCCAGGCUGUCUUGACUGGAGCUGUAAACGUUAUCUUCAUCAAAACAAACCUUCCUGAUUCUAAUGAUCCCACAGAUUUAGUCCAUACAGUUUUAAAUGACAUGCUAGAAACGGGAUGCAAGAAAACCAGGUAUGGAAUGGCAUGUUCUAUUGGAAGUGUUUUUUUAUAUAUAUAUAUAUAUAUAGGUGGCAUUUUGAACGUAACUUUUUCCUGACCUUUUUGUUGAGGCUUUUUGUAAGAUUAUUUUCAAAGAGCUUUCCAGUAAUAAUCACUUUCAAACAGUAGCGGUCAUGGUCAUCAUCACCCAAAUUUAGUUGUCAAGGUCAUUUUUCAGUCAUAUUUUAAUUGCUGUUAUUAUUGAUGUUAUUUUUCAUCACUAUCCUCAUUUUGAUCUGUUAAGGCAUUGUCAAAGGUUUCUGCCAAUUUCUGGCUCCUGUCAUGCUAAUAAGGAAGAAAUGAAGAAACUUGCUGAGCAAUUGUUCCAAUCAUCAUUCUUUGCUGAAGAUGUGAAGCCAUCAACGGUAUGUAGGAAAAGAAUAGGUACAUGAGAUCAGUGAAUUUCUGCAUCCUUGCAUUAAUGAUUCAACCCAUAACAUAAGUCUUAUCCAAAUGUUUACAAUGGGGUUUAUAUAUUUAUUAUGAGCAAAACAUUAUCGAGUGGUUUUCUAACUUGUUUUAGAUCACACCAAAAAAUUUAGAAACAACAUGAAGUAAAAAUUCCUGAAAAUGGGAAGAAAUUUUGAUAUUUGUAUGAGAUCUGAUUGCAAAUUACUUUGUCCAAGACUUUUUUUUGGUGAAAGGACAUAUUUUUCAGUUUGGGGCAGACACUGAUAUGAACAUACUCAGAACCUACAAGGCUCAGUAAAUUCUGUUGGUCACUCAUGGGAGUUAAAGGGUUAACAAAAUUGGACAACCCUGAAGCAAGAGUCCGAUUUAAUCAUGAGUGUGAUUACAGACAGAAUUGGAUGACAUGAAGUCCUGUUACCAAUUAACCAAAACUAUGACAAAAUUUGAGAAAGAAACUAGACAUCAGUUACACAUUUUCAUAAAAAAACAACAGUUAACUCAGUGAAAUGCCUAACAACAGCACACACAGGUGAUGCAUACUGUCCACAUACAUAAGCAUGACCUGUCAAGUGUCCUAUUACACUGUCCAAUUACAAGCAUGACACGCACACUGUCCUAUUAAUUUUUAAAUCCGGCUGUUGAUAACCAAUCACAUUCAAGAAUUUUGUUAUAGUUUUGAUUAAGCCAGUUAAUUUCACAGGUUACAUUUAAUAAAUCAGACCUGUACCCUAACAGUACACCACUGUGGCUCCUUACUGUGCAUACUUUUCAUUACAUGGGUGUGAACAAUGCAACAAAAUGGUCUAGUCAGUAGCAUGCAGAUUGAAAGGUAUGGCUUGAGUCAAGCCCUGAUCAAGACAAUGUGUUGUGUUCUUGAGCAUGACACUUAAAAUGCAAGAAACGUUUGUUGGAGUUCAGUUUGGUCAUGCCCCCAAUUUUGAGCUUCACUUCUCUGUAAAUAUGCAUUAUUGAUCAAAAAAGUUGCAGAUGAAUUCUCAGGUUUGACUGUCUUCUGCUGAUCUUUGCCACUCAAUCACAGACAUUUUCAACAGUUACAAACUUUGUAACUCUGCUUCACACAAUUUCUUGUACUGGAUCAAAAAAGUGAGAAAUCUAGAGUUCAGCUUGCCUGCUGAGUCAUCAAUCACAGCACAGGAUUUGCUUCAGAUUGCUCACUGGCACUGCCAGCCAUGUAAUAUUGUCAAAUUAAGGAAUUUUUGAUUAUCCAUCAAAAUGCAUUGUUAGAAUCUUGGCCCUAUAGAGUGUUAAAACAAGUAAAUUUGAUUUUAUUGAAUUGCAGUUCAGUGUGAUGUACAAAUCCAGAAACAACAGUAGCAUUCACCGAGAUGACACAAUCUCUGCAUUAGCAAGUAUAGUAAUGAAUGCCAGGAAGGGACACACUGUGAACCUGAACAACCCAGACUUAGCAAUCUGUGUGGAGAUCAUGAAGGUAAAAUACAAACUUACUUUGGAUUUUUAACACAUUGACAGAUUAACAAAUUGACAGUGAAAAUGUUCCAUGCUUUGAUCUUAAUGAGUGAAGAGGGUAAGUUUCUAAGGAAACUGUGGUGCUGCAUCAGAAGGAGAGUAUAACAGGGUAAUUUAGUCAUGGUUUGAUGCUACUCCGGUUUAAUUAUUUAAUAAAUGAAUGUAACCAAGAAGUUACAAUUCAUAGACCCAACAUUUUGACACUCAUGACAAUGGUGGCUUACUUCCUGACGCCUAUUAACACCUCAUCAGAAAAAAGGCAGCUAAUUAGUGAGCGUAUAAAAGGACCUCUUGUUGCAGCGUUUAGAUCACCCCUGAUGAAGGCACUAGACAGGAGUGUCGAAACGUUGGGUCUAUGAAUUGUAACUUCUUGGUUACAUUCAUUAAAACUUUAAACCAGAGUAGCAUCAAACCAAGUUUGAUUGUCCACUUGGCUGCCAUGUGAACUUUCAUAUAGGUUAAUUUAGUGUUAUCAACUGAGUUGAUCAUGUAUAUUGGCCACCUUAAAGAGUUUAAAGGCUGACAUUUUGAGCAUUAGCGUCAGAGCAAUUGACUAAGGGCUAACUGUCGAAAUGUCAACCUUCAAACUCUUUAUGUUGGACAAUUUAUGUCAUCAACUCAGUUAAUAACACUAAAUUACCCCAUCUUAAUGAAUGGUUUAGUAGUAUUACUAUAAGGAGAAAUUAGAUGCUGGUCACUCUUUAGGGUUGAACCCUUUAAACCCUGAGAGUGACCAGUAUCUAAUUUCUCCUUACAGUAAUAUGGCUGAAUCAUUUAUUAAGAUCAUGAGAAUAAAUGAAAUGAUCACCACCCAAAGAAGCUUUGAUUGUUCAACAAAUUCUCCCUGUCAGUACCAAAGGAAAUGUACAGAGAGGGGUAUGGAGAAUAUAGAUACUGAUGUUAGGGUGUAAAGGGUUAAAGGAUUAAGUGCCUGCAUUUUGAAAUUACAAGGCCAUGACAUCACUUACAUGACUUUGCAGAGUCCUACCUAAAUGGCAGGACCCUUAUUGUGAGGUUCACAUCUAGGUACUGCUUUGACUGUGCCAAAAGUCAUUACAGUUACUUGAGUAAUCAAUGCCUCUUUUUGUUGUAUGUAGUUGCGCAAAAAGAUCAUUGAUCCUCAGUGUUAAGUGGCCAGUAAUUCAUUUGCUCAAAUUCCACCAGUGAUAACUUAUGUUAACCCUUUAACUCCCAGAAGUGAUUAAUAUAAAACUUCUCCCUACAAUAUCCAUACAUUCCUCAGCAAACAGAUAAUGAGAAUAUUCAAACUUAUCAGGUAGAAGUUGCUAUCUUGAUCUAGCACCAAGUUCUCAUAACUAAUUUACAAGGAAAUGUCUAACAGCUAAUGGGGACAGUUUAACAAUCAGUUCUUGGGAGUUACAGGGUUAACUCCCAUAUCACAUUCAUAAUUCUCCUUAAUGUCAACCAUACAAUUCUUAUAAUGUUAGUUCAGAGAAUUUAGUAUUAGAUCAACUAAUUAUCCCCAAAUUGAUAUUUUUCUUUAUUCUUAUCACUUAUCUGACUGAUAUUGUAUUGAUAUUGUGAGGAGAAAUUCUGUCUUGGUCACUCAUGGUAGCUGAAGGGUUAAGAGCAAACACAUAGGUUUUUUACAAAUGCUCCUUUCAGUAUAGUAAGUGAGCAUUCUCAAUUUUACUAAAUUUUCUAUUAGUAGGAACAGCAAAAUUUUUUGUACCCAUUAACUGUUACAAUUGUUUUAUUUUUUAUAGUAUUUUAGUUUUGAAGUCACUCAGCAUCCACUUUGAAUUAUUUGAGAUUUGUUCCUGUUCUCUUUUGUCAGAGUUAUCCUUUAUCUCCCAGGGGUGACUAACAUGUAAAUUCUCUAUAAAAUCCACACACUAUCCAGCAAACAGGUAAUGAGAAUAUUCAAACUUAUCAGGUAGCAGGUGUUAUCUUGAUCCAACACCAAAUUCUCGUAACUAGUUUACUUAAGCAUGUGUAGCAGUUAGAGGGGAGAAUUAACAAUCAGAUCUUGAGAGUUAAAGGGUUAACUAAUUUAGAGUAUUGUUGUUUUAAUUUCCUCUGUAGAAUGUCUGCUGCAUGAGUGUGGUUAAAGAUUUUAUGAAAUUGAGAAAAUACAACAUUCAUGAGGUGAAUGAGAAAAUUUUCCAAUCUCAAAGGAGAGAUAAUGAGGACAGUGAAAAGGUGAAAAGCAAAAACCAAACCAUUAUGAAAAGUGAUGACAAUGAUGCUGAUAGUGGUGCGCAAAGAGACGGCAAUAAUGCUGGUAGUGAUAUGAAUAGAGAUGGAAAUAAUGCUGAUAGCACUACUGUUGAUGAUGCAACCUCUGAAAAUCCAGAUACUUGAAAUGAUGUCAGUGUUACAGUGUUGACUGUAGGUAAUGAUGGUAAGAUUGGAGAAGGUCUGCGAAAGGUUAUGAAUUCUGCCCACAGAAUUUAGAGCAUAAUUUAAUACCCUUUGCAGGAGGAUUCUCAAUAUCACUAUGGGAUUGUCUAAAUUGGGCUGAUAUUCAAAACCAAUCAAAGAUACACUGUGAUGACAAUAUGAUUUUCAUUUUUCAUCGCAAGGUAAAAGUUGAAUUUACUUUUAAGUGGUUGGCAAAGGGUUUAUAGGUUUAUUUAUUUGUAACACAUGAAUUUUACAGAAAAGGGGAGAGUAAUUUAUGAAGCAGUGUAGGCAUGAUUUCUUUCAUUUUGUGAAAACCUCACAUGUAAGAGGGGAGAUUUAAACUUUUCCCCUUUAUAUACAUGACACAUGAAUUUCUCUAAAAUUUUGCGCAUGAAACAGGACUAGGAAUCCCUCUUUUUUACCUUCUUUGAAGCAUUCUCAGGCUUCUAGUCACUGCCACACACACACACACACACACACACAAUACAGUUCUACCUUAAACAUGGUUGAAUCUCCGAACUCUACUUUACACAUCAGAGAGUCAGACACAAUGAGCUGCUCAAGGCACAAAGGAAGUAAUGCAAUUUGAACUAUGAGGAAACUGAUACUAGUGAAGUCACAUGACAAGGGUCAAAUAACUUAUGUUAUGCAGCCUAAUUUUGGGCAUAAUGCCAUAGUCAGAGUAUCGAACAUGAUACCGACAUAAUGACUAAUUAAAACUUCUUAAAAAGUCCCUUGAUGUCUCAGUUCGGCAAGUGAUUUUUUUUAGCAUAAUGUAUCUGACCUUACACAACACAGUCUGAAUUCUCAGCACAUGCAUACAGUUAUCUACAGAGUCAAUGAACUGUCAUUGGCACAAUUUUUUUUUAUGUUUAUUUAUUAUCAUUUCUCUUCAGAACACAACACUCCUGUAGUGAGAUUUUAUGGAAAAUUUACUACCUGACAUAAAUGUCCUUUGAUAACAAUUUUAAUG